AUGGAUAAUGUUGUAGAGGAUGAUAAUGAUGAUGAUGAUGAAGAUGAUGAUGAUGUAGAGAAUAUGGAUAGUGGUGAUGACCAAACUGGUUAUGAUAAUGAUGAUCUACUCUUUGGUUUUAAGCAUGGUAAAGAUGUAAGGUUAAGCACUGAAUACCUUGAUGCUUUCUCUGAUAACAUCAAUGAUGUUGCAGAAACUGCAACAAAGACUGAGGGAUCUGGUGAUAUUCUCAAGGCAACGCCUCCUACUUCAACUCAAAUGGCCGGCCCUUCAACCGACAUGGAUACAACUUCAAGGAUUCCUCCCCUUCCAGUUGCUAUUCCAACUUUCUUGCCAUCUGAUAGUGAUCUCAAUCUGACACAAGCCUCCUAG